AUGUCCUCACAAGUGAGACUGCAGCUGUUGCCGAGGGCCAGGUGUUUGUUUGAUGAGCCCAUCCAGGUGAAGGUGUCCGGGUUGAAGUCGUACCAGGUGGUCACCAUGAAGGCCAGAUCAACGGACGAGAGAGGGCGACUCUUCAAAUCAUCUGCCGUCUACAGAGCCGACGAGAGCGGGGAGAUCGACCUGAACAGAGACCCCUCACUCAGCGGGAGCUACAUCGGGGUGGAGCCCAUGGGCCUGCUGUGGUCGCUGAGCCCAGAGACUUUGCACAAGCUUUUUACCAAACUUAAAGCACUCAUCCCCCACGUGGUGAAGAUCUCUGUGCACGAGGAAGGGGAGGAGGGCCAGAUGCUGGCUGAGGUGACCAAUGAGAGGUUUCUGAUUGCUGACGGGGUCAGUCGAGUUCCUGUCAGCGAGGGAAAUAUCCAAGGAAUCCUCUUUACGCCCCCAGGAGAAGGACCAUUUCCUGCCGUGUUGGAUUUGUGCACCUUCAUGUCUGAGACAAGAGCCUGUUUGCUCGCCAACAAAGGCUUCAUGGCUCUCGCAGUAGCCGUGUUCCAUGACAAGCCCUGCAACGUUAAAGAAUUGCACUUGGACCCCCACCAAGAAGCAGUUGACUUCUUACUGAAACAACCAAAGGUGGGCAGCAAAGGAGUUGGAGUGUUGUCACGAUCGAAGGCAGGAGAUGUGGCGUUGGCACUUGGUGCCUUUGUGCCUGGCGUUGAGGCCAUAAAAGCAAUCCCCACCGAGUCAGGAGCAAGCAUCAUCAAGCACAUAAUUGAAGAUCCCCUGGCAGAGGAGAACAAGGGCAGCCUGGUCCCUGUUCAGAAAGUCGAGGGGCGUUUGCUCUUUGUGGCUUCAGGAGACGACAUGAACUGGGAUAGCAAGGGCUACAUGGAUGAGAUGGUGGAGAGACUGAAGCACCAUGGAAAGAACAACUUUGAGACUGUGUACUAUACUCUGGCUGGACACUUGCUGGAGCCACCGUAUUACCCCUUCUGUCCCUCUAGUUUUCAUAUCAUGACUCCUUAUCCAGUCCUCUGGGGUGGUGAGCCAAAAGCCCACAUUACAGCUGAAAUGGACCUUCAUGAGAAGAUCCAAGAGUUUUUUAAAACUCACCUGAGCUGUGAUCCUGAUGAAAGUACAGCCAAGUUCUAG